AUGUUCACUGUAUCUUCAUCGAUGCGCUGCGGAACUGCAUAUCGGACGGCCGCCGAUCGAUGUCAGGUGAGUCGUUAUCAUCAGCAACUCGUAGAUAGCAGAUACUGGAACUGUUCAACCCCUUCACAAGCGUUGUCCACUUUGAGCGUACUGGUUCGAUCACGCACGGUCGUUGAUGCACUUGACGUGGCCGCGUUAGGAGCGCUGGAAGCCAUGGCUCCCAGCAUGACGCAGGGUGAACGUACAUUGCUUCAGAAGUUUUCAACAUUUUUGAAAUUCAAAAAUACCACUUGUCUACCGCCCGCUUCACCUCAUGAGUCGAAUGCGUCCCCCCUCACGGGGGACCCUAACGUCAAUGUAGUCGCCUUGUACACUAAGCUUAUGGGGGAGAAGCCUUCGGUAGCUGUGGAGGAGAUCGGGUCCAUUUCGUUUUCAUCCGAUUCGAUCCUUCAACUCAGCACGGUGGGUGCUCUGAUGUUAUUUGAGAUGAUGGUUUCUACGACAUUUCAACCUUGUGCCAGUUGGCGGAUUGAGGAUAACAUCGUCGCUCUUCUUAACCACCUAAGGAAUACUGUGAUCCGCGGUGAUACUGUCGAUUCCAGAACUCUAGGGUGGAUCAUGUCGAAGCUUAACAGCGCAGGCUCGCCUAUUGCUUGUCGUCCCUCAGAGUGUGGCCGCCUUUUCAAGGCUUGUGUGAAGCGUCUCAAUGAUAUCCUACCGCAGAUGUCGGUGAAUGAAUGUCUUCAGAUACUACCCCUAAUCGACACUACAGCUUACGAGAGGCCGUUUAUAGUUUGUGUGGAGAUUGUUAAACGUCUCGAUGCUUGCUCUGAGAUAGAACUCAGUGACGUGCGGACAUCGACGCUGCUUUCCGCAUUGAGGUGUGAAGAUGUGACGUUAAAGACUUUCAUGAAAAUCUGCCGUGUUAUUUCGAAGGAAUUCCGUAUAGUGGAGCUCAGUAAGGGUGAAAGUUUGCUUUUUCUUACAAUUUUAGUGGCACGCCUCAACUCCAGUGCUUCGGCCGAAGAUGUUGGAAUCAUUGGGAACAAUGGGAAGGUGUGGGAGGCCCUUUUUGCGCAACUUUACGUGGAUACCGGUGACAUGAGCGUCGUCGAGUGCAUUGAAGCGCUUAUGUGUUUGGAGGUUUUAUAUUUUUCUCCCCUCAUAACUGCGGUCCCAGGUGGCUUGGUUGAGAAAUUGAAGAAGAGAGUGUUUUUUGUUAUUCGGAAGGCCAUGAAACAAAGACAUGUAACCGCUCAGGAGGUUGAGCUCUUUCUCAAAUCCCUACAGCGCCUAGGGGAAUUGCUCAAGAGGUGUCUUCUUUUCCCUUUGCUUGAGAAAGACACGGCAAUAAUCACGGAGCUUCAGGCAGAACUGGCACUUCGUUUAGUACAGCAAAGUGUAAAUACAGCUUGA